UCUGUUCGUAUUUUCCGUCAGUCAACAUUACAGAUCAUCGUGUGUAAAGAAAAUUCUUAUUUUCAUCGUAAUAUUUUGUCGCCGUUGUGUUUGAAUUCAUAUUAUUUAAAUAAUAAAAACAAAUAGGGUGCGGUGUGAAGUUAGCUUAAACAUUGCAAAUAUGUCGACAUAGGAAUAAAAGAGAAGGAGGUUAGUUGGUAUCGUGCGAGAACACGAUACACGAAGAUAAACGUGAAACGUGAAGUAUUAUAUCGACGGUGAAUGUGUCAGCGUCACAUAGUGCGGGUGCUUGCAUUUAAGAAUAUAAUAUCUAACGUUUUAAACAAUUAUUGAAUGCAAACGUUAUUUUAAAAAGAAAUCAAUCAAUCAAUCAAUCAAUCAAAAAUGAUGAACUCCCUUAACGAUCAAAAUUUCAUUCCGGUACAGGAUACAACUAAGAAAAAUCUUAAAGAAGAAGAAAAAGAAGAAGAAGAAGUUGAAGAAAAUGGUGUUUAUCAUUUAUGUAAUCAACGUUUGAACGAUAGGAAGGACGAAGAAAGAUUGGUGUGCAUUCAUGAGAGAGAAGAUUCUAAGGCUGCCAAAAUGCCGGAACUCAAGGACGAGCUAAUCGAGCUUAACGACGAGAUCGUUAACCUCGAUCUCGAUGAACCACCCCCAGAAGUUAUGGAGUAUGCUAGAAGAGAAAUUGGUGAAACGGAUGAAGUCAAAUGUCAAACAUUGCAAGAAUUACGCGACAUGAUUUAUGAACAAGGUGAAUGCAUACCGCUGAGAAUGGAUGAUGAGUAUCUGAUAAGAUUUCUUCGUGCGAGAAAUUUCAACGUCAAUAGUGCUCAUCGACUGAUAGUGAAUUACUACAACUUUAAGGAAGAACAUCCAGAGAUACAUCAGGAUAUUUGUCCCACCGAGAUGUGCCAUAUCGGUGACGACGAUGUAAUAACUGUACCGGCUUACAGAACUGAAUGUGGUAGACGGAUGCUGAUUUAUCGCAUGGGUAAUUGGGACCCUCGAAAGUACCCUGUCGAGGAGAUUUUCAAGGCCACUGUUAUUGUACUAGAGCUGGGCAUUCUCGAGCCAAGAGCUCAGAUUUUAGGUGGCAUCGUAGUUUUCGAUCUCAAGGGUAUCACUAUGUCCCACGUUUGGACAGUAACACCUCAGAUUGCAAAUAUGAUCAUGGCUUUAAUGGUAACGUCUUUUCCAAUAAAAACUCAUUCCAUUCAUAUACUUCAUCAAUCUUGGAUAUUCGACGCAAUAUAUGCAGUUUUCAAGCCACUAUUGAAUUCUCGCAUGAAGGACAGAAUUUUUUUUCACGGAGACGACAUGCUAAGCUUUCAUAAACACAUUUCACCUAAUUAUUUGCCCAAGAUGUACGGUGGUACUCGUGAAGAAUUGGCUUAUUACAAAUGGAUUGAAUCUUUGAUCAAAGUACCGAAGAUUGUUAAAGAGAUGGAACAACUGGGAUACGUAGUACCCGAUGAUUUUCAAAUACCGAAAAGAUGAAAAUUUAAUAUUCAAAUAUUCUCUAACAUUACUGUAGUAUCAUUAUUCUCAUUGAAUUAUUUUCUUUAUUAUCAUAUUAUAAUCAUU